ACGUGACUCUCCUGGACGAGAGACAGAUUAUCCGCUCUCUUGUUUGUCAGGAGAAACAGGCGAACAUCGUUUCUACCUACGCUGGAUGUGGCGGUCCGAGCACCAAGGACGCCAAACUAUUACAUCUUUUUUAUUUGUUUUGCACACAGUAUAUUUGAUUAAUUCAUUUUUGGGGGGUUCGGGGUGGCGUUCAUGAAAUAACUUGAACAUCAUGAUUUCUCCGUGGGACCGUUGGUACUCGACGAGCUGCUGCCUCUGCUGCCAUGUACGGACAGGCACCAUUAUUCUGGGAAUAUGGUACAUGCUCAUCAAUGCGGUGGUCCUACUCAUCUUGUUGUCGGCCCUCAAUGACCCAGUUCAAUACCGCUACCACCUUACCAGCUCUGAGCUGGGAACCGACAUUGAUGUCAUGGACGACGCAAACAUCUGCAUAGCUACUGCAAUAUCCCUGCUCAUGAUUCUCAUAUGUGGCAUGGCAACAUACGGUGCUUACAAGCAACAUGCUGCAUGGAUCAUUCCAUUCUUCUGCUACCAAAUCUUUGACUUUGCCCUGAACACACUGGUAGCCAUAAGUGUGGUUGUUUAUCCCAACACGGUGCAGGACUAUCUCCAGCAGCUGCCGGGGACAUUCCCUUACAAAGAGGACAUCAUGUCCACCAACAACAUGUGCCUAGUUUUCGUAGUCCUCCUCUUCAUUGGCUGCAUCCUCUCCUUCAAGGCCUACCUGAUUGGCUGCGUGUGGAACUGCUACAGAUAUGUGAGCGGCAGGGGCACCACGGAGGUCCUGGUUUAUGUCACCACCAAUGACACCACGGUUCUGCUACCACCGUACGAGGAGGCCUUUGCCAUACCACCAAAGGAGCCCCCUCCCCAGUAUAUGGAGGCAUGAGAGACGUGCUGGCUGCCGGACCCCAUACCCCAAACUCCUACCACGUCUCCCUCCUCCGACAGUAGGACCCCAGCGCUGGCUGGAACAGGCUGAAAACAAGACAAAAGUCUUGGAGGCUGGUUUCAGCUUGGAUUCCUGCCAACCUUUGAUUAGAUUAGGCUGACCCUGAGCCAGUAUUGUCAUCAACUCUUCCCCUCCACCACCACCAGCACCACUACCACUCUGGUCGCUGUGACGUAUUGUCCUCCCCUCUCGUCUCCUCUGUCCUACUCAAGGACAGUAUCGCAGCAACUCCAACCGCUACCAAUCCUCCCUCUUGGCAGCUGCUGUCCCCUGGCAGCAUCUCAACUCCUCCCCCUGAACACUCUGUCCCAAUUUAAUUUGCACUUCUUCUUUGAGUGAAACGUGCACCGGUUUGGCCACCAACUGUUAUACCCCAAUACUGUGAAUCUCCCUCGUGGUCUUUGUCCAGAAACAAACUACCUGUAGAGAGAAAGUGACAGAGAGUGAGAAGGAAAGCGACAUACAUGAUCGGUUAUGCAAGAGCACUUUUUUCAGAGGUUGACAAAUUCCUUCAUUGAAUGUAAUGUUGAGGUAUUUUUGUAUGACAUUUUUGUAUAACAGUGAAAACAGAGAGAAAAAGAAGUGAGUAUUGAAAGGCUUUCCUCCUGUGAUACCAUGCGUGUACUGAUGUGGCUUGUCCUUGAAAAAGGUUUCUCAACCAGUAUCAACAACGUCUUCCUUUUGUAUCCAUGUAACACACUGUCUGUAAACCUGUGACCCACUGACUGCCACCUUGUUCACCCAUUGAUCUCAAUCACAAUAUUCCAGUUUGCCUUCCUGUCCAUUUCCUGUCUGUUGCGAGAUCUCAAAAGGUGAGAAGAACAUCAAUGUAAUUUGACACAAGCAUAAAUGUGUCUCACACUACAGACUCGCAUCCAAAAAGGCAAUACCACAUACUGUAAAAUCGUAUAUGUGUAAACAUUAGUGUGUGAAAAGGUUUCAGUUCAGACGUCUGUCUUGUGUUCCCGUCGAGCUUCAACAGCAUCAUCUGUGUUUUUAUCGUGUGUUUUUCUUUUUUACAUGGAUCAUAUAAUCUGAUCUUUUUAGUUGAGCUAAUUUAGCUUGACUGAGGGCAUUUUCCUAUGAAGGCGGCGCAACAUGCAGAGACUGUUUGUGUGUGUGUGUGUGUGUGUGUGUGCGCGUGUGUGUGCGUGCUUGCUUGCCUGAGCGCUAUGUGGGACGUUAUGUUGUAACUCCUUGUACCUUUUAUAUGUCGUAACAUUUCCUUUGCACAUGCAGUGAUAUCGUGUUGAGAUAUUUCCUGCGGAUGGGAAUCUAAAGCAUUGAUUUAGCUUAGCGUAGUAGCACAAAAUCAAUAUACAGUAUAUUAAGCUAGAGAACUAUCCUAGAACUACUUAGACAAUUAUGAGAAACAAUAAUGGAAAAAACAAUAUUAGAUAAACCUAAUCCCAUUCUUUCCAAUAAUUCCGAAGUAGUAUUUGCUAUUGACUUCAGACUAUGCAACAGUGCAUUCAACAACUGAUACUAAUACUGUAGUUCAUGUUGUAGCCAGACAUUUGUUGGCCCUUUUGUAAUUUUCCCUGUGUGAAUUAUGAUCCACUGCUUUUGCAAAUCCAACAAAGCUGAACAUUAAAUUGCACUUUAAAUUCAGCGUGAGCUCACUGGGAACACGUGUUUUUGUUUGUACUCACCUUUACCACGAUAUGCUGUAGCUAAGUGGUUCUAAAUAUGAUCAUCCAGCCUCUUCCUGAUGAUACGCACUUCUAAAACACCACAUCAAUCAAUAUUGGCAUUAUGUGAUGUCACUGAAAAGCUGCAGAUUUUAGAGUGACUGAAGGAGGAUUUCAGCUGCAGGGUUUAGAGGAAAGGCAUGUGCAGUAUCUGACCAGUGGAUGGCUGGUGUCUCAUUUUAUUAGAACCACUUCAAGACUGUUCUCCAUUACUUUCCAUUCACACACGUCCUCUUGUUUGAUCUGCAUGAGCUCAUGUUUUCAAUUCUCCAUAAUAAAAAGCAAAAUCAGCCGCUGUCUGCUUCUGGGUUCUUUAAUUGAAGAACAGUUUGUUUCCUGAAAAGAACAAAUAAAAAUAUUAGUUACUGUUAUGUAUAUGUAUUUAAGUUAAUUUAGCCAAAGGGGUGAGAAAAGGCCACAUUAUUGUGACUUGACUUUUGUUCCCUAAUAAAUCUAUUGUUCUCCAUCUUCUUGUUUCAAAUCAAGGGGCCCUCU